CCCCUCUCGCCACCACGCCCGACGCAGCCCGGCGUCCUCGCACGACACAGCGCACUCAGCGUCUUAUCCCACUUGCGUUCCCGCACGCACUCGCGCCCUCCUACUCGGCCUGCUUGCUCGUGCUAGCACCCGCAGCGCACGCAUACACGCCGGCUCCACAGUGCGGCGCCCAACCGCACAGUCCCUCCAACCGCCUGAGCAGCUGCCCUCGUCGCCCCUUCCACCCUUCUCGAGCGCUGCUCGUACUGUGCUGGCCCCGCCGACUACAGCGAGCCGCAACUUGCUCGCUCGCGGCAACGUCUAGAGAGGCAACGCAGUUUUCGUUCCCCGGCAGUCCUCGAUUCGACCGCCGCCGACCGCGCUCAGCUUCGUUGGCUGCGCGGCGACCGUGCGAUGUCGGCGCCUGCUGCACUGUCCAGCCUGACAAACUCUCAGAGGCAAGAGCUACACUGUGCGCUACUCGACUACCUGCAUCGGCAAGGCUUCGAGUCUGCGUACGAUGCUCUGAGACAGGACGCAGACCUGCCCGACUUCGAGCCGGGAUCUACGAGCGCGAAGAUCCAGGGCCUGCUCGAGAAGAAAUGGACCGGCACCGUGCGGCUGCAGAAGAAGGUGCUGGCUUCGGAACACCGCAUCGCCCAGCUCGAGGCGGAACUCAAGAGUGCGCCGACUGGGCGGCGCCUCACGUCGGACGCCGACUGGAUUCCAUCGGACGCGCCGGCGCGCAUUCUAGAAGGCCACCGCAAGCAGGUCAUGUCCGUCGUCUUCCACCCGACGUUCAGCGUGCUUGCAACGGCGAGCGACGACUGUGACGUCAAGGUCUGGGACUGGACGACCGGCGAGUGCGAGGCGACGCUCAAGGGGCACACGCAGAGCGUCAAGGACGUCGACUUUGACGGGAAGGGCGAGCGCAUCGCGUCGUGCUCGGCAGAUACGCAGAUCAAGCUCUGGGACGGCAACAAUCAGUGGAAGUGCGUCAAGACGCUGGCGGGGCACGAGCAUGUGGUGUCGGCAGUGCGCUUCGUGCCCGGGGGUGCGCAGCUGGUGUCUGCGAGCCGCGACCAAACGAUCCGGAUCUGGGAGGUGUCUACUGGGUUCUGCAUUCGCACGCUCCAGACCGGCGCAUGGAUCAAGUGCAUCUCCUUGUCCGAGGAUGGCAAAACUCUGCUCACCGGCGGCGACGAUCACCUGGCAAAGGCGUGGGAUCUGACCACUGGCAAGAUGAAGAGCGAGAGUCGCGAGCACGAGCACGUCGUCGACGCCGUCGCACUGGCACCGCCAUCUGCCUACCCGGCGCUGCGCACUCUCGGCGGCCUGGCCAAGUCGGCCGACGCCGCACCUGGCCAGUUUGCAGCGUCUGGCGAUCGCGAGAAGACGGUCGUCAUCUGGGACACGGCCACGGGCCAGACGAUCAAGAAGCUGCUCGGGCACGAUGGCUGGAUCCGCGGUCUCGUAUGGGCCCCAAGCGGCCGCCACCUGAUCUCGUGCGCCGACGACGGGCGCAUGCGCGUGUGGGAUCUUGGCUCCGGUGGGCGGUGUUACCGCACCGUCGACAACCCGCACGACGAACUGGGCCGGUCGCGCUUCUUGACGAGCGUGGCGUGGGCUCGCGCGAAGCCGGACGCCGGCCCGCGCCCAGACGGCGAGGCCUCGACUGCCGGCGCGUCGCGCGUCAACGCGCUCGCGACCACGGGCUCGGACUGCAGGGUGUGCGUCUGGCUGCCGUGAUGCUCGCGGUGCCUACCUGCAGCGCGUGCAGCACGUCUAGAACCCCUCUGCCCACCACACAUACCCCGGGCUUGCCUACUGAAUGUCACUUGCACUGCUGCAGACUGUCGCC